UCUGACUCUCCAGGUCCUUCUACAACCCCAGUGUCAGGGUCAUGUGACUUCGAGGGCUCCGGCCUGUGCGGCUACCAGAACGGCCCGGGGAACAGCCUCAAGUGGGCGUUGUCCUCAGGCUCCACCUCCACCACCCUUGUACCGGACGUGGAUCACACCAGUGGCACAAACACCGGUCACUUCCUCCUGCUGGACACGUCUCAGGGCAACACCAACGACAAGGCCAUCAUCCAGAGCGGUCAGAUAGCAGCCGACAAGCAGAAAUGUCUCCGCUUCUGGUACAGCAUCAGGGGAGAUCACACGGGAACGCUCAGCGUCUACAGGAAGACGUCUGCACUUGGCGUCCCACUCUGGUCGGUCAAGGAUCUCAACAGUCUCCAGUGGAACGUCGCCCAGGUCAAUCUACCAGCCGGCAGCCAGAACUAUGAGGUUGUAUUCCAAGGGACCGUCGGGAGUAAGCACCAAGGAAGUUUUGCCAUUGAUGACGUCACCGUCAGAACAGGCGCUUGUGAACCCGCUAUCCUUAUUUUGACAGCAAGAUUCCUUUCUUUCUCAGGUGUCUGUGAUUUUGAGAACAAUGACUUGUGUACUUGGACGAACGAUGUUGGCGACAACUUUGACUGGAUCAUCACUCAGGGCAAUACAGGAACAUACGGCACCGGGCCCUUGACUGAUUCAACCUUCAGAAAUGCUUCAGGGCACUACAUUUUCACUGACUCUGAUCCUCCGAGACAACCCAACGACACAGCAAGGUUGGUGAGCACCAUCAUCCCCCCACCUCGCAGGUCCACUUGCUUCAACUUCAAGUACGUCAUGCGCGGCACAGACAUCGGUAAGCUGAAUUUCUAUGUCAGAACUAAUCAAGUGACCCAGUUGGUGUGGACUCUGUCGGGAAAUCAGGGCAACAGCUGGACGUAUGGAGGAUUCAGCCCCCCGAGAUCCAGCAGGACGCAAAAUUCUCAGAUUAUCGUUGAGUCUGUGACUGGGUCAGGGAAGCAAGGAGACAUUGCUCUGGAUGAUUUCAGGUUCCGGAGAUCCUACUGCAAUGUGAGCCCAUACAAAGCCCGGCCAAGAGGUGUGGUCACUCUGCCACCGUCCACUACUACACAUGCGACCUCUGCACCAGCAACUAACAACCCAAAUUCAUUCUCUUCUGUCUCAGAUACGGUGUCAUGCCAGUUUGAAGGUGGCUUCUGCUCCUGGAGUCAGUUGAAGAACGACAAACUUGACUGGACUCGGCAGAAAGGAAAAACAUCCAGUUCAGGCACGGGGCCACAGGGAGAUCACACUUCGGGAAGUAAGUGUUGUCUAGAUGGGUACUACAUCUACAUGGAGGCAAGUGGUGCCCAUCGCGGAGACAUCGCUCGCAUACAGAGCAAGACAAUUCAUCCAGUGGGACCUCUACAGGUGAGGGAUGAGUUGAUAAAUUUCUCUGGUGAAAGUAAAUGCUUGACCUUCUGGUACCACAUGCAAGGCAGCAGCGCAGGCACCCUCAAUGUGUAUCUACAGAUCGCCUCCCAGCCGUUAGCCAACCCCAGGUGGACGCGUUCUUCUUCCCAAGGAAGCCAGUGGCUGAAGGCGUCUGUCUCCAUCAACGACAAUAUCGACUAUGCCGUACCUGCUGUCACCGGCACGGCGGCUCUGACUGCGAACGACUGGGAGCGUCUUGCCAUAGACAAAGAGUUAACUUUUAACUUUCUGUUCCAGGUUGUCUUCGAAGCUAUCCGGGGUUCCAGCUUCCAGGGUGACAUUGCCAUUGAUGAUAUCAGACUUCAGGAUGGGCUCUGUGCAGGUGAUUCAUGUGACUUUGAAGACGGAGCUAAGAUGUGCGGCUACACCAAUCCCAGGUCCAACAGUUUUAACUGGAAGCUUACCUCACAGACCACUGGAAGUCAGGGCACUGGCCCCCGGAAUGACCACACCUAUCAGACCCGACAGGGCCAUUAUGUCUUCAUUGAUGCAUCUAACGUCCACAUUGGAGCAAAAUCGAGACUGAACUCACCCGUGUAUAGCAACCCGAGGACAUUUGACACGUGCAUGCAUUUCUUCUACAAUAUGUAUGGGAAUGGAGUUGGUACUUUGAAUGUCUAUGUCAAGCCCACCAGUCAGGCCAAUGUCAGCGUACCUGUGUUCACUCAAUCUGGCGACCAUGGUCAGCGAUGGAUUGUGGCGGAAGUGAACAUACCAACUGCAAGUUUCCAGUCUUCAUAUCAGGUCAUAUUUGAAGGAAUCAGGGGAAAAAAUUUCCGUGCUGAUAUUGCUCUCGAUGACAUAUCGUUCACUCUCGGAGGGUGCUCGAACCCAGGUACAUGCGACUUUGACAGUGGUCUCUGCAGCUGGACCAACGAGCGACGAAAUGACCAGCUGGACUGGAGAAAUCAACGACCUGCUCCGGCCCUGUCAACUCCAACCACUGACCACUCCCAGGGAUCUGCUCAAGGUGGCUUCAUGUUUGUGUCUCACAAAGAGCCUCACAAUCAAGGGGACAAGGCCUGGCUACUGAGCGAGACGUUUCCUCCGUUGUCUUCCCGGGGACGAUGUAUGACCUUCUGGUACUUCAUGAGUGGAAAUCUACAGUCCACUUUCAACGUGAUACUUCGAGUCCCAGAUCUGGGUAAGGAUCAGUACUUGUGGCAACUCAAGAACACCAAGCCACAAACUACCUGGAUGCAAGCACAAUUGCCAAUUCCUGCUAAUUCCAAAGACUAUCUUAUUAUUAUGGAAGUUGUCUAUGGGCCCAAUGUGACCAACCCAACUGGUGGCAUAGGCUUUGAUGAUGUCAGUUUUUCUGCUUCUAACUGUGCAUUGUCCCCCCAAGAAGCCCGGCCUCUGACUCGCAUCACCACGACACCCAUGCCCAACACCCAACAGCCGACCGGAGUGGUGGACUGCACGUUUGAGAGCGGUCUGUGUGCCUGGUCCCAGGAUCACACUGACCAGUUUGACUGGAUGCUCAACUCAGGGUCAACCAGGACUUCAGGCACGGGGCCUGUUGGUGACCAUACCACUGCUGACGGAUCUGGCAAAUACAUCUACAUCGAGACGUCUUUCCCUCAGAAGACAGGAGACAAGGCAAGGAUCAUCGGCCCUGUUAUUGAUGCUGGCCAGUACUGUAUCAGAUUCUCUGAAUCUUUCAGAUUCUUCUACCAGAUGUAUGGCCGUCAUGUAGACAGCCUCAAUGUCUAUGUCAUGACUGGCCUCAAUCUGCCCACCCCCACAUGGACCAAGAAAGGCUCUCAGGGACGUCCAUGGAAAGAGGCCGAUGUGGACAUUUCUGUGUCACGCUCGUUCAAAGUGAGUUCUGGUACCGUCUCGAUGCUGACUAUUGUGUUUGAAGGCAUCAAAGGUAGCAGCUACGAGGGAGAUGUUGCUCUAGAUGAUAUCAAGAUGACACCCGGUCCCUGUGGAGCAGGUUCUAAGAGCUCGGCAUACAGCUCUGUGUGCACAUUCCAGACAGACCUUUGCAACUUCACCCAGGACACAUCGGACCAGUUUGACUGGACCCGGAGAAAGGCGGCCACAAAGUCCAUCAAUACUGGACCCACCGUUGACCACAGUCUGGGGACUAGUGCAGGUUACUACAUGUAUGCAGAAGCCUCCAGCCCGCAGAGGCCUGGUGAUAAGGCUAGACUGGAGAGCAGUCAGAUAGCUGCAAACCCGACGGGCCCCAUGUGUGUGUCGUUUUGGUACAGCAUGUAUGGCAGGGAUAUUGGGAAGAUGAAUGUCUACAUCAGACGUAAAGGUGUUCUUGGGAGUCCGGUGUGGUCACGGCAUGAUGACCAGGGUUCAGUGUGGAAGCAGAGUACCCUGAGUGUACCCGCGGCCAACUCGCCGUAUACAGUUGUCUUUGAAGCAGUGCGAGGCAAUGGUCCUUUUGGGGACAUUGCCAUCGACGACUUUGUCAUUUCUAAAUCGGACUGUUCACACCCAGCAAACUGCAAUUUUGAGUCUGGCAUCUGCACUUGGGUCAAUGAUGAGAAGCAGGAUCAGUUUGACUGGCUGCGGACGAGUAAGACCACCGGCUCACAGAGCACUGGUCCUGUGGCUGACCAUACUCUGGGAAAUGACACAGGCAAGUACAUAUACAUCGAUGCCUCCAGCCCUCGCAGACAAGGAGAUAAGGCGAGGUUCAUCAGUCAGGAUCUGGACCCCUCUCUGCCUCGCUGCAUACACUUCUGGUACAACAUGAAUGGUGAGAAGGGCAUGAUAGUGAUCUUUGAAGGUGUUCGAGGUCCGUCAUGGAAUGGAGACAUCGCUCUGGAUGAUAUAACCUUUGAUACCACCAGUAACUGUGCAGUGACCCCGAGCAGUGCCGUGCCCACGUUUGGCCCAGUGACUGUGGCAGGGCCAGCCACCAGCACGCCGCCCAGCACCACCACCUCACAGUCUACAAAGGCACCUUUGGCAGAUGCUGUUGUAACAUGUACAUUUGACACUGGUUUAUGUGGAUGGAACCAGAGCAAGAGCGACAGCUUUGAUUGGCUCCGACAGAAAGGCCGAACAGCAUCCACCGACACUGGACCUCAAGCUGAUCACACCGGCAUCUCUCUUCUUUUGCCCUACUGUACAGACGGCUACUACUUGUACAUAGAGGGCAGCAACUCUACUCUGGGCAUGAAGGCCACCUUGACAAGCCCGGUCCUGACCCGUCCCGCCGGACAGACCAAAUGUUUCUCCCUCUGGUACUCUAUGCACGGGUCAAAUGUGGGCACUCUGCAGGUGUCCACCGUGGCCGCGGGGCGUCAGUCGAUCAUCUGGACCAAGCAGAGAGAGCAGGGUGACAAAUGGCGCAAAAUGUCCGUGGAGUUUGGGAAUACCUACCCAACGCAGUUCUCAGUAAGAUUUUUGUGUUUGAAGUCUAACGUCUUUUUAGAUAUGAUAUGUGGGUGGUUGGUGGAUGCUCUGGUGUGGCUCCAGAUAACGGCAACCAGAGGAGACGGCUAUCACAGUGACAUAGCUAUUGAUGACACCUCAUACACUGACGGACCCUGCCAAGGUAGGUUUAACACACUUUCUCAUUCAAUUUCAGGCACUGAUGCUCUUGGAAAACUGUCUUGUAACUUUGAGACCACUUGUGGCUAUGAGAACCUGCAGACUGACAAGACAAACUGGCUGCUGCACUCGGGCUCUACUGGCACUUCCGGCACAGGUCCAACAGCUGACCACACCAGCGGCACGAACACAGGACAUUAUAUGUAUUUGGAAACCUCACGGCCAGCUAAUCAAGGAGAUAAUGCUAUCUUAGCUUCUCCUGCAAUCACCGGGGGAGCUGGGGACUACUGUGUCAGCUUCUGGUACCACAUGUACGGCGCUCAAAUCGGCAAGCUGAACGUGAGAGUGUUUUCGGGAAGCAGCCAACCUCCACCUGUGUGGACCAGGUCAAGUAACCAAGGCAACGGCUGGAACAGAGCUCAGGUUGACUUUGCUCUUUCCAGAGCCAGCAGCCAGAGUGCUAACGCCCGUCUUGCCUUUGAGGGAAUAGUUGGCAGUGGCAUCAAAGGAGACAUUGCCAUAGAUGACAUUGUGGUGAUCAAGAAGAAAUGUCCCCAAGCACCUAUGUGCAGCUUCGAGGAUGGCACUCUGUGCAGCUGGUCCAAUGUGGGUGGGGAUCAGUUUGACUGGACCACCCAGAAAGGCACCACUCUGUCCACCUCUACUGGCCCCAAGGCGGAUCACACCCUGGGCAACAGUCAGGGCACAUACAUCUACAUUGAGACCAGCAGGCCGCGAGUCCAAAAUGACUCCGCAUAUCUGCUCAGUGAGACACUGAAAGCCACUGGAUCCACCCCAUACUGCUUCAAAAAGAUAUUCACAAAGCUCUUUCGUUCCCAGCUGAUGUUCAUUGGAGUCACUGGCAAUGGCUACUAUGGUGACAUCGCUCUUGACGACAUCUCAUUUAGUCGCCAAAGUUGCCAGAUUGCCCCAGCAAAUGCAGUGGUGCCAGGACAUACUACCACCGCUGCACCUGCAGUGACCAACGCACCACGGACAACAUUCCAGUCAAGCUCCACGUCUUUCAACUGUGACUUUGAGAACAGCAAGUGCGGCUGGACCAAUGGCCCUGGGGAUAAAGGUGACUGGCAGUGGUCAAAGACGGCUGCUCAAGUUGGACUGGCCAGGGCACCCAAAACUGACCACACCAGUAAUUCCUCCAGUGGACAUUACAUCUACUAUACGUCGAGUGCACGAGGGCAGACUAACGCCUUUCUGCUCAGCCCAAAGAUCACGGCCACCGGACCAAAAUGCUUGAAGUACUGGGCCUCCACGUCCAUCUUCACCAAACAGAUCAACGUGUACGUGAAACAGACCAGCGCCCUGGGACAGCCAGCUCAGAUUUUUUCCAAGGGGCUCGCAGUGCCUUGGACGGCAGAGUCUCUCAAUAUUGCAGCCCAGGGGACUUAUCAGGUUGUCUUUGAGGCGCUCACGACAAGUUACGGAAGACAAGGGGUUCUUGCACUUGAUGACAUCGUUCUUCUGGAUGGGACUUGUGAAGGACUUGCCUCGCAGACCGUGACUGUGUCCAGAGGCAAACCGUUUAGUUGUAACUUUGAGCAGAGCACCAUGUGUGACUUUACUCAGGACACAACUGACCAGUUUGACUGGACCUACGCCUCAGGCCGGACUGCCUCCACUGGCACGGGCCCCAGCAAAGACCACACUUACGGCUCUACCACGGGCCAUUAUGUGUACACGGAAGCCUCAGCGAGUGGCUUGAAGACCGGCGAUGUGGCAAGAUUGCUGAGUCCCUUGUUCACCCCAGUCUCCCAAGACUUGUGUCUGAAUUUCUACUAUCAUAUGUACGGGGGAACCAUGGGAGACCUGAAUGUCAAGCUGCUGAUUGUGGACUCGAACUUAUACACCCCGAAACUGUGGACGAUGUCGGGGGAUCUCGGAGACCGCUGGAGCCUUGGAGAGCUCACUCUCCCUGCACAGACAGUGGCGAAAAACUUCAAGAUCAUCUUUGAAGGUGUCCGAGGCUCAAACUUCAAGUCUGACUUAGCCAUAGAUGAUGUCUCGGUCAGGCUAGGAGCCUGUGCCUCCCAAGCUACUUGCAACUUUGAAAAGGGCUUGUGCUCAUUCACCAACUUACAGACAGAUGUGUUUGACUGGACCAGAGACAGCGGGGCCACAGACUCCACCGGAACUGGCCCCAGCAGUGACCACACCCUACAGAACAGCAACGGACACUACUUGUUCUUGGAGGCCUCCUCUCCCCGCCAUCCAGGAGACAUUGCUGUCCUGUCCAGUGAGAGACUUGCUCCCACCAACGCCAGCUGCUUCACGUUCUGGUACCACAUGUACGGCAGUACCAUGGGCAGUCUGAACAUCAUGCUUGCAGCCUCGGCCACCCAGAACACUACCAUAUGGACCCUGUCUGGCUCACAGCAGAACCGUUGGCAGAACGGACAAGUGCAAGUUGUCUCUCCGUUCACCAGUUUCUAUGUGAGUUGUCUUUGCUGUUUAGACGAUCCAUCUUAUUUUUUCGUCUCAGAUGAUCGAUCUCUUUCGUCUCAUCACUCCAGAAUGAUUUCUCCAGCAUCUGCCAAGCCAGCCACAAAGCCCUCGCUCCUCAACGCAGCGACAGCAGCUCCUACAACUACUGGCAGCUUGAACUGUAACUUUAACCUGGAUUUCUGCAAGUGGACCCAGGACAAGACGGACAACUUUGACUGGCAGAGACAGUCCCAACGUCCUCAGACCACGGCCACUGGGCCACAACGUGACCACAGCGGCACUGGCUCGUUUGCUUUCAUUGACUCCUCCUACCCUAACAAGCAGAAUGACAAGGCCGUUCUGAGGAGCCCUGUGAUGUCCAGUGGUCAACACUGUCUGAGCUUCUGGUACUUCAUGUGGGGCGACCACGUCUACCAGCUGAACGUCAGAGAUGCCAGGGGCUUGGUCCAAUGGACCAGACAGGGAACCCAAGGGAAGCAGUGGAACCUGGCAGCCAUCAACUUCAACAGGACCAGCUCCACACAGAUAUUGAUUGAGGCUGUUGUCGGCUCGGGACCAAGAGGAGAUAUUGCCAUAGAUGAUGUCACCCUCACCCCUGGCUUCUGCCCUCAAUCAAGUGCUGGCGUGGCUGGAGCUACUUGUGACUUUGAGCAGGGUCUGUGCCAGUACCAGCAAGACCCGGGGACACUGCAGUGGACGAGACAUUCAGGCCGCACUGACUCCUCGAACACAGGGCCAUCCACCGAUCACACAUACGGAGCUGGGAAAGGUCACUACAUGUACAUUGAAGCAUCAUACCACAGCAAAGGGGAGAUGGCCCAAUUGACGGUCAAGCACCUGACCAUUAGGGCCUCCCCCAUGUGUCUGGAGUUCUGGUACCACAUGUACGGGGCUGACCAGGGACAGCUGGCGGUCAAGGUCCAGGCCAAUGCAAAGUUUAUUAAAUCAGGCAACCAAGGCAAUAAAUGGAACAGAGGCACUGUGGACAUUGCAGCUGGUCAGGAUGACGUUUACAUCACCUUUGAAGCUAUCCGAGGAAACAGCUACACGAGCGAUAUCGCCAUUGAUGACAUUAUUCUGAGGAAGGAUACUUGCUCAUCAGUAAAUGGCAACUGUAACUUUGAGAUAGACACAUGUACCUGGUCCAACUCAAAAUCGGAUGACAUGGAUUGGAUUGUGGGAAAAGGCGGUACCAAGUCGGGCAACACUGGGCCUACUGCUGACCACACCACAGGACUGUCUAAUGCUGAAUACUUGUAUGUAAAAACAUCUUUAUAUAAACAGUUUCAUAUAGAGUCUGUUAUUUUGUACAAUUGUCCUUUCCUUUCAGGUACGUACUUGUACAUAGAAACAUCGUCUCCGAGUGUGGCUGGUGACAAAGCCCUCCUUCAGAGCGACCUGUUCCCGCCCAACCAAGCAGUGUGUUUCCACUUCUACUACAGCAUGUACGGCUCCACCACGGGGACUCUGCGCAUGUGGCUGGCCACGUACGACACCACAGUGGACAGUCUGAGCCAGCUGUCCAGGCAAGCUGUCUGGGAGCUCAGCGGUGACCAGGGGCAGGGAUGGCACGAGGGGAGAGUACAGCUACCGCAGCAAACGAACAGCUACAGGGUGAGUUUUUAUUUGGGGGAUAUAGCAGUUAUGGGACAAGUGCUAGUGGAAGGCGUGAAAGGCGUGUCCUACACCGGCGACAUUGCCAUAGACGACUUGUCCUUCACUGUGGGUGACAACCAGCCUUGCUUACUGCAGCCUAACUCUGCUGUACCCAUGACGACAGGCUCUCCUACCACCACACCAACAAACACCUUGGCUGCCGUACCACGUGAGUCUGGCAUCAUGUGUGACUUUGAGACAGACUUCUGUGGCUGGAAGGUGGAUAAGACUGCUCAACUGGGGUGGACCAGGCAUAAGGGUGCCACGGAUUCCUCCCGCACUGGCCCUUCGAAAGACCACACUUCUGGAAGUGGGUUCUACAUAUACAUGGAGACGUCCAGUGGUAGGCUAGGGGACCAGGCUCGCCUCCUCAGCCCCGCCAUCAGUGGAAGCUCUCAGCAGUGUUUCUCCUUCUGGUACCACAUGUACGGAGCCACAGUGCGGAGUCUUGCGGUACAACUGAAAGGUCCCAACAACCAGACUCUGACUCUGUGGCAAAUGAACGGCACUCAGGGGAACCACUGGCUGCAGGCUAAUGUCGACAUCGGGGGAUCCUCCAUGGCCUUUGCUAACCAGAUUGUUUUAGAAACCACCAGAGGCAUGUACUGGACUGGAGAUAUUGCUGUUGAUGAUGUUAAUUUGAUUCAAGGACCCUGUCAGAUUUUCUUCUUAGGUUCAGGAGCGUUGCAGUCACCUGUGAACUGUGACUUUGAGACUGCCAAUAUUUGCGGCUACAUGCAGGACGACACAGAUAACAUUGACUGGCUGAGGACACAGCGCUCCACAAAAUCUACGGGCACUGGACCCAGAUUUGAUCACACAUACAAAACUUCUGUCGGUCAUUACAUGUACAUAGAAGCUUCUGGACAGAAGUAUGGAAACAAAGCCUUGCUGUGGUCACCUCCAUUCAAGCCUACGUCCGGUCAGUGUGUGUCCUUCUACUAUCACAUGUACGGCGCUGGCAUGGGCACGCUGACCGUGUUCCUGGGAUCCCUGAACCGGACUGGUUCCUUCAUCACCAACACACAGCUGUGGUCAUUGAAGGGGCCACAACCCAACGAAUGGCUGCAGCAGAGCAUUCCACUCCCACCCGGCUCGCAAGGGACCUCAGUUAAUGUGAGUGGUUUCGCAGAAAUAGGUUUGGUUGAGAUAACUGACUUUUAUCUUACAAGUUUUUUUUUUUUUUUUUUAGUAAAAGUUUUACGGCACUUGCAACCAUUCUCAAUUCACACCUUUAUGUUUUUGUAUCGCCAGCUUGUGUUCCAAGCGUCAGUCGGUGCAAGCUACUUGAGUGAUAUCUCCAUUGAUGAUGUGUCUUUGACCAAUACCUGCCCCGUGCCUGGUGAGUGCAGCUUUGAGACAGGCAUGUGCAGCUGGGAGGGCAAACAAUCUCUGCAUAAUGGCAUCCAGGCCCAGUUCAUUCGAGUGACCGCCAACUCCAGAGUAUUUGUGGCGGGCAGUGCACAUCCAGCAGUGGACCACACAACUGCCUCAGCAAAUGGUACGGUCACCUCCAACAGUGGCAGACAGCAGGGCCAGGUGGUCACUCUGAGAUCAGAAGCUCUGAAAGCCACCAGCUCCUCGGGCACCUGCUUCCACUUCUGGUACAGCAACUACGGCUCAGGGUUCUCCUCGGCUACUCUUUAUAUCGAGACAUCUGUGAGUAAGAAAGCGGUGUGGCAGCUAGCCAGUAACACAGGCACUAAAGCUUUCUUGGAGGCUCAGGCAUAUGUGUACAGCGCCACAGUCUACAGACUCACCUUCUCCGUCACUCUAGAGGGAGGGAAAGGCUACCUAGCUCUGGACGACUUCACCGUUACAACGGGAUUUUGUGCAGUGAAACCCAGCACAGCCUCUGUCACAGGGGCACCUACUCCGCCCAUGACAACCGUGCCCGCCACUGCGCCACCACAAGGUCCCAAGUCCAAUGUUGACUGUGACUUUGAGAAAGGUCUGUGUCAGUGGCAGCAGUCUCAGACUGACCAGUUCAACUGGACACUCCAGGCGGGCAGCACGGGCAGUUCCUUAACGGGGCCUACUGUGGAUCACACUCUCAAGACAGGAAAUGGACAUUACAUCUUCAUCGAAGCUUCCAGCCCAAGACGUGUCAACGACACAGCUGUUGUUCAAAGUCCUCAGAUAACCAACUCUGGUGUCCAGUGCCUGAGGUUCUGGUACCACAUGUUUGGGGUGGACAUCAACACCCUGAACAUGUACACGCAGACAAGCGGACAGGUGAGGUCACUGGUGUGGACUCGACACGGGACACAGAGCAACGACUGGCUGCCGGCGUUGGUGGAUGUACAGGUGAAGAGGGUUGAUGUGUGUUCUGACACUUUGGUAGAUCGCUGCAACUUUGAGACAGACACCUGCGGCUACUCUUCCACCUCUCGCUUUUGGCGUCGGUAUCAACGCACAACAUCUUCAGUGGGCACCGGACCAACCAACGACCACACCUACGGAACAUUAGCAGGCCCAUUUCAACGCUGUAAUUCCUCCCCUUUCUCCUCAGGCCACUACAUGUAUGCCGAAGCUUCCUCGCCCAACAAACCGGGAGACAAACUUCUCCUUGUGGGUCAGCCUCAAAAACCCACGACCGGUCACUGUGUCUCGUAUUGGUAUCACAUGUACGGACGCACCAUGGGCACCUUGAAUGUGAUGGCCAAAACUGGUCCCACGUCUCAGAAGAUUCUGGCAACGCACACAGGAAACCAGGGAAAUAGAGCUUUCACCCAUUUACUGUAUGCUGGUCCUCAGUUGGAGUUUGAGUCUGUGAUAGGCUCUGGAGUCCAGAGUGACGUGGCUGUAGAUGACAUUGGGAUCACCCCAGGGGCUUGUGGCGCCUCGGAGGGUUCCUGCGACUUUGAGAAGGACAGAUGCACCUGGGCCGACAAACCCGGGCCCUCUUCUUGGCUGAGGGUAACCAGCAGAAGCUUCAGUGGCAGGUCGCCAAACACAGAUCAUUCUUCACUGAGCAACACAGGUGAGAUGAAAAUGGCAAUGAAACGGCGAACCAUGUUGUUAUCAAUCCACCCCAACGGCAACGUCCAGACAACGGCAGCCACCGUGAUGAGCGGAGCCAUGCAGCCGUUCACCGGGACCAAGUGCUUCUCCUUCUGGUACCUCGCUUCUGGGAGGACAGCUAAGCUGCAAAUCUCUGUGGCUGACGUGAGUGGUAAUAAUCCAGCAGUGAUUUGGACAAUGACGCACCAGUCUACCUCAUGGCAGUAUGCUAGUGUGCCCAUCAGCUCUCGCACCUCGGCCUAUGUGGUUCUCAUCAAUGGCGUUGCCCCCAGCAAUGUUGGGUAUGUUGCCAUUGAUGAUAUUGUUGGCAAACGCACUGCAUCGACCAGUUGUCCGGUGAUCCCAGCUGAUGCAGGGUCAAGUUCAUCCCAGACCUCUACGUCAUCGCCAGCGCCAGUGACCUCCACACCAGUACCUUUUGUAUCUCAGUCCCCGUACGACUGCAGCUUCGAGUCGGGCACCUGCUCGUGGACACAGGAGAAGACCAGGGACAACUUUGACUGGAUCCGAGCCCAGGGACCCAAGGGAACCAGCACUACAGGCCCGACCACUGAUCACACCACUGCAAACAGCACGGGCUGGUACAUGUACAUCAACUCUGUGUACCUGGUGAACCCUGACAGUAGCAGCCAGCAGACGGCCUGGCUUCUCUCCCCGCCCCUUGCUCAGCUAAAAAUGGUCUGUCUCCAGCUGUACUACCACAUGUACGGGCCUCAUGUGGGCUCACUCAACGUCUACACGUUGGACCAGAGCUCUCAAAAGAUCCAGUUCGUGUCCAAGAGCGGUAACCAUGGCAGCCAGUGGCAGUUCCUGCAAGUGCAGACUUCUGUGAUUGGAGGGAAGAGACUGGUCAUUGAAGGUGUCCGUGGUGUGAGCUACCUGGGGGACAUUGCCAUUGAUGACAUUCAUGUGGUCACAGGAUUUUGUCAACCCCAAGUGGGCCCAUCCUGUGGGUUUGACUACGGGGACUGUGGAUGGACACAGGGUAAUGGAGACAAAUUUGACUGGACCAAAAACCGAGGUUCUACGUCGACCCCAAACACUGGCCCAUUUACAGAUCACACCCUCGGGAGCAAUUAUGGCUCCUACUACUACAUAGAGAUCAACGGACUCAUGAGACGGGGAGACUUUGCCUAUCUGGUCAGCCCUGUCCUGCAGACUCGCACCACACAGUGCAUGACCUUGUGGUACCACAUGAAGGGCAGAAACAUCGGGAGUCUCCGUGUGGGCACAGUGACCCACGCAGAUAUUGUCGCAAACAGGCCCAACUUCCAGUCGGUGUGGUCUCGUCAGGGGCAACAAUCCACUGACUGGCUCAAGGCCGAGGUCACAGUUGUCUACCCUGGACAAGACUACCAUGUUGUCCUCCAAGGUGUAGUCGGAAGUGGUGCUCAAGGAGAUGUUGCCAUUGAUGAUGUUUCCUUCCGGGAUGGAGCCUGUCCGUUUAGCGGCAACAACGACUUUGAAAAUGGACUUGAUCUGUACACGAACGUGAAGACCGGUGACAACUAUGACUGGUUGGUCACUUCCAGCGCCCGUCCAGUCUUUGGCCACAGGAUCCCUUUUGUAGACCACACUCUGAGAUCUUCCAAUGGUCACUUUGCACUGGCCUUCACCCGAGGUGUCCGAUACGGUAGAAGGUCACGUCUGUUCACGCCGGUGCAUGAUGCGGCUCAGAGCUGGUGUUUCAGCUUCUACUACUAUAUGACUGGCUCUGACGCCGCAACACUGAACGUCUAUCUCUACGACGUGACAGUGCAGAAGUUUAGUCUGCUCUGGGCUGUCUCCAACACCACCAGCCAGUGGAUGUACGCUAGAGUGGGACUUUCCUCCCCCAAGAACCAGUUCCAGCUUGUGUUUGAGACUGUGUUUGGCCGCAGGUCCGAUGAACUGGUGGCAGUGGAUGACGUUAUCUCGAAGGGCACAUCUUGCACAAUCUACCCUACCACAGCCCGGCAAGCUUCUCUCACUACUACAGUGCCGACUUCAAUGCCCUCUACGACCACACAAAUUCCGUCGCAGUAUGACUGUGACUUUGAGUCCAACAAUGUGUGCAAGUGGAAACAGGACACGGACGACCAACUGGACUGGAAAGUCAGCCAAGUUUCACUCCUACCCCGAGGUCUGACGGUACCCUCAGCUGAUCAUACCCUGAAGAAGAACCAAGGCCACGUCCUGCACCUCCCUGACACCGUCAUCCACCACGCCAAUGACACGGCCGGCCUGCUGUCUCCCAGUCUGCCGCCAGCUGGGCGUGGCAACUGUCUCACUUUCUGGUACAGGCUCUACGGGCCUACUGUUGAUGGUCUACAGGUGUACACCAUUUCUGGGUCUGGGGCUAGCAAGAGCAAGAAACUCCAGUGGCAGAGGACUGGCACACAAGGUCUGGAUUGGAACUGGGCUCAGGUUUUGGUUUCCGGCUCCUCAAACUAUCAGUUUGAAAUCGUUGGAGUGAGGGGUGCCAACUAUGCUGGGUCCACAGACAUAGAUGACAUCAGGUUUUCACCACUGCCGUGUAGAGAAGCUGACUUCUCACUCAACAACGACUGUGACUUUGAGCUGGGCACCUGUGGCUUCACCGACAGCGUCAACGACAACUUCAACUGGACACGAGUGACCGGCUCCACUGGAAGUUAUAACACAGGACCCACACAGGACCAUACUUAUGGGACAAGACAAGGUCACUACAUGUACAUCGAGGCUUCCAACAAACCUGCAGGGAACCGCGCCAGCUUGAUCAGCCCACAAGUGUCGGGCGCCACCACCUCCUGUCUCAGUUUCUUCUACCACAUGUUCGGCUCACAGAUGGGGGAGCUGCAUCUCUACCAACUCUUGCAGGGUCGGUCAUUCCUGUGGAAACGCAGUGGUGACCAAGGCAACAUGUGGGUGAGGGCAGAGGUAACACUGCCAGCUUCAUCAGCUGGUCCCUACAGCAUCGAGUUUGAGGGUGUUGUGGGCACUGGUUUCCGUAGCGACAUUGCAAUUGAUGACAUCCGCCUGAGAUCAGGGGCUUGCGACACUAAAGGAGCUUGUGAUUUUGAGCGAGGUUACUGUACCUGGAAAAACAUUGGUAGUGACCAGAAGAUGGACGAAUUUGAUUGGCUCAGAGGUCAAAGCUCAACUCAAUCUUCGAGCACUGGACCCACGGCUGACAACACUCUGGGAAAUGCCUUAGGUCACUAUCUGUUCAUUGAAGCUAGCAGGCCACGUGUCCAAGGAGACAGGGCAGACCUAUUGUCUGAGCCAUUCUCCGAUAACCAGGUCCACUGCAUGCACUUUCACUACAACAUGCGUGGCUCAGGGGUUGGAGCCCUGUCUGUCUGGCUUCGGGGUAUUGGUGCUGGCUCGCCCACUCAGAUGAUUUGGAUGCUCAAAGGUGAUCAGGGACAGAAGUGGAUGCCCGGUAGGGUCAAGGUCAACUCACAACAGUCCUACCAGGUGCUGAUACAAGCCACUGUUGGAGCCAGCUACCUUGGUGACAUUGCCAUCGAUGACAUCAUGUUCACCAAUGAUGACUGUGCUUUGGUUCCAUCCAAUGCCGACCCAUCUCUGUACUCCAUGACCACCACAACUCUGGUCACGACUGUACCUACCAGGUCAACGUCAGGGAGAGAAGUUAAGAAAAGUAAUCCAUUUGAUGAUGAAAAUUGUGUGAUGUUUUCAGUUCCUACACCAUAUGACUGCAACUUCGAGAGCGGUUUCUGUAGCUGGGCUCAGGACUUCAAUGACCAGUUCAACUGGACGCGCCUUCAGGGUCCUACCGGAACUCUGCAGACUGGCCCUAUUGCUGAUCACACACUGGGGACAGGUGAACUUCAUGGAGUUUUUGUCAAACUAUUUCAGUUUAAAGUGAAAUGUGCUAGAAUGGGAUCAACAUGCGUGAAAUCAAACAAAGGCUGGUACAUCUUCAUGGAAGCGUCUUCCCCAAGAAAGGCAAACGACACCACACGUCUGCUCAGCCCCAGCAUCGGCCCAGGCAUCCGCUGUUUCCGUUUUUUCUACUACAUGUACGGCCAGAGUGUGUACCAGCUCAACGCGUACGUGAAAGAGGGCAGCACCAUGACUCAGAUCUUCAGCAGGCAGGGAGACAUCGCUCAGAGUUGGCUCAGUGCCUCCAUACCCGUGAACCGCACUCAGAAUUAUCAGGUGUGCAUCUCCUCUAGAAAUGUAAUUGCUGAAGACAGUUUGUAUAAAAUGAGUCUGAUACUGAAAAAAGAACAGCAAUUGAUAGCACUUGUUGCUUUCCAUCAGCUUGUCUUAGAGGCCGUGAGGGGCAAAAGCUACUCCGGAGACAUAGCGGUGGACGACAUCACAGUCCCGACUGGCCCCUGCUCUGAACUCAAUCCUGAAGCUGGCCUGGUAUUGUGCACAUUCGAGAAGCGAGACCCCAGCCAACAGUUGUGUGGUUACCAGAACGACCCAAAUGCCGACUUCCAGUGGCAGGUACAUAGUGGUUCUACAGGCACACGGCAGACUGGACCUUACACUGACCACACCUAUGGCUCCUUCAGUGGGCACUACAUCUACACUGAGGGAUCUUCACGUAAACAGAACGACACAGCCCGAAUCAUCAGCCCCGUGUACACAAGCAGCCAGGCGACCCAGCACUGCCUGAUCUUCUACUACCACAUGUACGGCUCAGACAUCGGCACGCUCAAUGUGUACCAAGUCCCUGCCACCAUGACCAGUAACCCUGGCUCACCCAAGUGGUCUAUUUCAUAUGAUGUGGGCGCAGGAUGGAAGAAGGGCGAGGUGAACCUUGACCUGCAGGGCAACUAUCAGCUCAUCUUUGAAGGCAUCAUAGGUACAGGCAUCCGAAGCGACAUUGGAGUGGAUGACAUCAGGGUUAGGCCAGGAUCGUGUCCCAAUACAAAGCUGUGUAGCUUCACCAAGGACACAUGCUUGUGGCAGAAUGUCAAGGACGGCUCUGACGACUUUGAUUGGAUACGAGGUCAUGGCUCCACCGCCUCAUACCAAACUGGACCCAGCACUGACCACACCUCGGCCGCUGGAUCUGGCUCAUAUAUGUACAUCGAGAGCUCUCAGAAGUUGAAAGGACAGCGUGCAAGGCUCAUCAGCCAGGUGUUCCCUCCGGUACAAGACCAGGACUAUUGUCUGUGGUUCUGGUACCACAUGUAUGGCGCAGACAUCGGCACUCUCAGAGUGAUCGUGAUGAACAACGCUAGCUACGACGUGAUAGCGUCCGACGCAACAGUGUGGGAGCUACAGGGAGCCUCCGGGGAUCAAUGGAUGCCGGCUCAAGUCAACAUCAGCCGGACGUACACCAAGAAACCUUUUGUGGUGAUCUUGGAAGGCGUAGAAGGGAGUGGUUACCGUGGUGACAUUGCCAUUGACGACACCAGCAUCUCAGCCAUGAGCUGUAGGACCAAGCCAGACAACGCUCAGCCAAUAAUUGAUGCCCAAGGUCAGGCCAGCUGCACUUUUGACCAGAACAGUACUUGUGACUGGACACAGUCUGUCUACAGCGAUGUCCAGUGGCAGCUGACCUCUGUGGCCACAGCUUCCACUGGCACCGGACCCAGACAAGACCACACAGGACAGGAACUGUUGGUUUUGGCUAUUUCAGGUGGCUAUUACAUCUAUCUGGAGGCAUCGGGAAUACAAGUCCAUGACGCUGCAAUCCUGAAGUCACCUUUGUUGCCCCCAACAACUGGUGUCAGCUGCUUCUCCUUCUGGUACCACAUGUACGGGACAUCUGUUGGUCGCCUGAUGCUCAUCAGCACUGUUGGCCGAGUGAGUUCGGUGGUGUGGCAGAGAGACGGUUCCCAAGGCAACAAGUGGAUGCAGGCAGCCGUGACUGUCCACAGUCUGUCCAACUAUCAGCUCUACCUUCAGGCUCAGCGGGGCACCGGCUACUCUGGAGAUAUUGCUGUUGAUGAUCUUAGGUUUGAGGCUAAGGCUUGUCCACACAAAGGUGACUUGUACAAUACUCCAUUGUUGACCUGUCUUGUACCUGUGUCCCCAGCCGUGUGUGACUUUGAGGAUGGCUUCUGUGGCUACGAGCAAGUGCAAGAUGACAACUUUGACUGGAUCCGAACUAGCAAGGCCACACAACGUGUUGGUACAGGUCCCGUCAUUGACCACUCUUUGGGAUCUGCUCAAGGGCACUACGUGUACAUCGAGGCGGCCAAACCCAGAAAGGCCGGGGACCGGGCUCGUCUCAUCUCCCCUGUGUAUCCCGGUGGAGGGAAACAGUGCCUGCAGUUCUACUACUACAUGCACGGCUCUGCCAUGGGCUACCUGCUGGUCUACGUGCACAAUGUGGGGCAGACAGAGCUGGGACCUCGCAUCAUCUCCAAGCACGGUGAUCAGGGAAACACUUGGCUGCUCACACAGGCUACCAUCAGCAAAGACACGCCGUAUCAGGUACCGUUAUUUCGCAGUGUGAGUUGUAGGGGGUCCUGCUUCCAUACUAUCCUGUCGAUUUUGUCAUGCCAUUUCAGGUACCGUUAUUUCGCAGUGUGGGUUGUUGGGGGUCCUGCUUCCAUACUAUCCUGUCAGUUUUAUCUUUCCAUAUGCCAUAUCAGGCACUGUUAUUUUGCAGUGUGGGUUGUUGGGGGUCCUGCUUCUAUACUAUCCUGUCAGUUUUAUCUUUCCAUAUGCCAUAUCAGGUACUCUUAUUUUGCAGUGUGGGUUGUUGGGGGGUCCUGCUUCUAUACUAUCCUGUCAGUUUUAUCUUUCCAUAUGCCAUAUCAGGUACUGUUAUUUCUCUUAAAAAGCGAGAACAGGAUAGAUGCUAAUUUAAGACACUCUCUUCUUGCUUCUCAGCUCAUCUUUGAAGGCAUCGUUGGAUCGAACAGCUCUAGCGACAUUGCAGUGGACGAUAUCCAGAUCCUGCCUCACGUCUGCCCAGACCCUGUGAGCUGUGACUUUGAGAAUGGUUUCUGCACUUUCCGGAACCGCAAGGACGAUAACUACGACUGGAUCCGGAGUUCCCCUCAGGAUGGCCGAUACUCAAGCUCUGCGCCUGCCGUGGACCACACAACCAGUUCAAUUAGUGGUAUGUAUCAUGUAUGUUCUGUUAAGAGGGUGCGGUGGGGGAGUGGUUCCUACGCCCUCACCACCAUCCCCUCAUCUUCUCCGGCCAUGGCAAAUGCUGUGCUGGUCAGUGAGUUGAGCCCAGAUACCCUCGGCAAAUGUCUGCGCUUUGCCUACAGCAUUUAUGGAGAUGGUGCCCUCCAUGUGUACCUAGACACUCCUGCCAAGAACGUAACGCUGUUACAGAUGACCAACGCCAAUGGACAAGACAAAUCCUUGCAGUGGAAAACAACAGAACUGGAUAUCAAGUCAGCUGUUCCGUUCUACCUAGCGUUCGAAGCCUCACGGCCCCUUGUGGGCACAGUGACUGUUGUCGUUGAUGAUGUUCAGCUUUUGGCGGGAGUCUGCCAGAGUCAGACCACAGCACCUCCCCUUCCUACCCCGACUCUGCCAGCUUUACUGACAGUCCUGUCAUGUGACUUUGAGGUGCGUGGGUCUCUGCACACCUGUAGCUGGAAACAAGACAAACAGGAUGACUUUGACUGGACCUGGACUUCAGGAAGAAUAGAUUCCUUCAACACUGGACCCUUGUCUGAUCACACCUUGGAUAACGGGAAAGGCCACUACAUCCACAUCGACGUUAGUGGGAAAGCCGCCAACGACUCGGCCCGACUGAUCAGCCCUCAGUUCCUGAACCCCGUCUCUCGCUGCCUCUCCUUCUGGUACCACAUGCAUGGCGUGCACAUUAACAGGCUCAAUGUCUACCUCAGCGGCUCGAAAGGACGCGGACCAGCCAUCUGGACAAAACAGGGGGAGCAGGGCUUGAGCUGGCUACAGGCGUUUGUCGAACUGGGAACUCAUUCAGAUUAUGUCAAGAUUGUGUUUGAGGGUUUGGCCGGUGUGAGCUACCAAGGAGAUAUAGCUUUGGAUGACGUCAAAGUCUACGAUGGGAAAUGUCCUCCCACAGCCGUGUGUGACUUUGAGGACGACGGCCUCUGUGGCUUCGACCAGGACCUGUACGAUGACUUUGACUGGACGCGGCACCUGGGCAGCACUAACUCUUCCUACACAGGACCCUCCAGUGACCACACGUACGGUACAGCCUCAGGGCACUACAUCUACAUUGAAACAUCGGUGCCAAGAAAGUCCGGGGACAUUGCACGUAUCAUCAGUCCCACGUACCCCCCUACCAACGGGGCGUGUCUGCAGUACUGGUACCACAUGUAUGGCAAGACAGUGGGAACUCUGGCAACUUACAUCCGCAACCACCGCGGGGCUGACCAGUCUUUGGAUGUCAAGAGUGGCAACUUCAGUGACCAGUGGCUCCUCAACAGGAUAGAUAUCCAGUCUCUCACACCUUACCAGAUUGUGUUGGAGGGCUCUGUUGGUGGGAGCUACACUGGAGAUAUUGCUGUGGAUGAUUUUACCCUCAAGAACAGCCCUUGCAUCAAUCUGGUCAGCUGCGACUUUGAGCAGAACCUGUGUUCCUGGACUCAGAAUGUAAAGGAUGACCUGGACUGGCAGCUCAACUCUGGCCCCACUCCUUCUUCCCGGACGGGACCCACACAGGAUCACACUCUCAACAGUAUUGCAGGCCAGUACAUCUACCUGGAGUCUAGCCAGCCCAGCCAGCCAGGAGACAUAGCCGAACUGGACUCACAGGAGAUUGCCGUGGUGUCUCAGAGCGACUUCUUCUGUUUCUCCUUCUGGUACCACAUGUACGGGGACAACAUCGGCUCUCUCAAUGUUACCAUAAAGACAAUCGUCGAUGGUCAUUCCAAGCUCCUGUUCUCUUUGUCUGGCCCACAAGGAUCUACAUGGAAGCAAGCCCUGGUCAACAUUUCACUCCCAGAUGACACUUUUAUUAUCUCUGUUAUUGGGACUAUCGGGAAUGGCUACACAAGCGACAUUGCUCUAGAUGACUUCCAGCUGACGGAUGAUUCCUGUCUAGCAGGACAGAACAAGCAGUUUAGCUGUGGAGAUGCCCACAACACAAUGAUUCCUUCAUCACAAGUUUGUGACUUCAAACGAGACUGCCCUUCCACAUUCAGAGAUGAAACAGUUUGUGGUAAAUUAAUCUUGUUUUUAUUAUUCUCACCAGGUGACUGUGACUUCCAGUAUGACUGGUGCCAAUGGGUGGACACCAGUACAGGAGACUUCCAGUGGCAGAGAGGCAAGAACCAGACGGCCACUGCCAACACAGGCCCAACCUACGACCACAACAAUAAUCCACAAGGUCUGCAAACAGUGCUUCAGGCUCUUUACACACAUUUUGAUUAUGUUAUGAUCGAUUGUGCAAAUCUCAUUUUAAAAAUGUUUUUAGCUGGCCAAAAGAGACAUAAAACAUAUAUGUGUGUGUGUUUUACUAUGUCCCCAGGUUACUAUCUAUACGUGGAUGCUUCCAUCGGGUCUCGUAACAGUAUGGCAGAACUCAAGACACUGUUUCAGUUUGGCCCAUCCCCAGCCUCAUGCCAGAUGCAGUUCUUCUACCAUAUGUACGGCUCUGGCAUCGGUCGUCUGAUGGUUGUGAUAAGAGAGUCUCAGGAAGACACAGUCUUGUUUGACAAAACUGGGAACCAGGGCAACAAGUGGCAGAAAGGCCUUGUGGACUUGGGACGUGUUGCAGUGCCGUUCAGGAUUCUGUUCCGAGCCACAAGAUCGUACAGUGUACUCGGGGAUAUUGCCAUUGAUGACGUUUCAUUUAUUCAUUGCAAUUACCCAGUGGUCCAAAAAAGCUGUGCCUCCAACCAGUUCACCUGUACCAGAAAGUCAUGCGUGGACGCCGUCAAAGUGUGCGACUUUUCUGAUGAUUGUGGAGAUGGCAGUGACGAAGCUAACUGCAGUGCAUACCCAAUGCGAACAGACUUUGAGUACAGCUUUGGCCAGUGGAGUCAGGAUAACACUGACGACUUUGAUUGGACGCGCCAACAAGGCUCUACGACUUCUGACGACACCGGACCCACAAGGGAUCACACGAGAGGGACUACCAAGGGUCACUAUGUAUUUAUCGAGACCUCUCAGCCAAGGAAGACCGGGGACAAGGCUCGGCUCAUCAGUCCUAUUUUCUCCGCCACUACCAUUUCUGGGUCAUCAUGUGAGCUUCGCUUCUACACCCACAUGUACGGUGGGACAGUUGGCUCCUUGAAUGUCUAUACCAGAGCUACGGCCAACGGACCCAUGAAGCAGGUGUUCGUUCGGACUGGAAAUGAAGGCAAUCAGUGGGUGCGCCAGAUUGUUCCGCUUACGGAGAACUCGGACUUCCAGGUGGUCAUCGAGGCUGUGAAGGGCAGGUCUUACACCGGGGAUAUUGCUCUGGACGAUGUGUCUAUGACACCCUCCUGCAAGUUCAGCACCAACUCCUUGCUCCCGACUGUGGCUAGCCCAACACAGACAACCCCAGGACCUUGUGGCUCCAACUUCUCAUGUGAUGCGGGCAAAUGUCUGCCUCUCACGUCUGUCUGCAACUUUGUGCUGGACUGUAAUGAUGGGACGGAUGAAGCCUUGUGUGGGUCAUGUGACUUUGAGACAUCACUGUGUGGAUGGAGAGACACCAGUACUAGUGUGUACAAAUGGUUCAACAUGAGCACACAGGCUGCCUCAGGGCAAAGGCCGCUGGUUGAUACGACCUUCAACAGUCCAGGUCAAGGCCACUAUAUGACAGUUGUCAAUGGCACUGGUGUGACCCGUGACCCCGCGACCUUGCUGUCCCCCGUGCUGCAUGCCACAGGACCAAGUUGCCGCAUGUCCUUCUUCUACUACAUGAACGGGGCUGGAUCAGGUGAGCUGUCCGUGUCCCUCCAAAACUCCAACGACACGGGCACUCUGAAGAUGACCAGACUGUUUGGCACCACCACGGUCAGCAGCUCCUACACGUGGCAAAGAUACUCAGUGGACAUUGGGGAGAAGCCAGCCGGCUAUCAGAUUGUCGUCCAGAGUAACCCGACCAGUGGAUAUCCCUUCGGUGUAGCUGUUGACGACAUUCGUUUCCUGGACUGCCAGCCAAACACAGUAUUCAAUCAGACCAGUUUGGACUGCUCAUUUGAUGGUGGAAACUUCUGUGACUACUUUGAGUCUCGCAACGACGACUUUGACUGGACGGUCACCAACUUGCCGACCCCAUCCUACUACACCGGACCCUCGGGUGACCACACAACGGGCAAGGGAUACUACUUGUACAUUGAGGCAUCCUUCCCGCAAAAACCUGGGGACCGGGCUGUCCUUCUGUCUGCCCUACAGCCUCCGCCAGACUCAGACAACUGCCUGGAGUUCUGGUACCAUAUGUUUGGCUCAAACGUUCAGACACUGAAUGUCUACAUGGUCACUGACAAAACCAAGUACACUCUGAUCUGGACACGAUCCGAUUCCCAGGGCAACGUCUGGAGAAUGGGAGAGGCUCCAAUCAAGACGACCAAGAACUAUCAGAUUGCGUUUGAAGGAUUGGUUGGGUCAGAGUACAGUGGAGACAUUGGGCUUGAUGACAUCUCUUUGCGAUCUGGAAAAUGCCCUCGCAAACCUGUGUGUGACUUUGAGAUAGAUCUGUGCGGAUACGCACAACUAAAGAGGACAGAUAAGUUUGACUGGACUCGAUGGACCAAUGGGACAGGAAGUGCAGGCACCGGCCCUUCCAAGGACCACACAACACAGAACGGAAAUGGCUACUACAUGUACAUCGAAGCCUCUGGUCGUCACUCGGGAGACAACGCACAACUGAUGAGCCCCCAGGUGAUGGUGACCAACAGUCAGUCUCACUGCGUCUACUUCUGGUACCAUCUGUACGGGGCCCACAUCGGACAGCUCAACGUCUACGCCCGGGUGACCAGCGGUCGAGAUGUUCGACUGUGGAAUAGUGACAAUUUGGGUCGAGGAAACUUCUGGGCGCAGAGCAGAGCCACCAUUGAUGGGUCCCUCGGCAACUUCAAUGUAAGUGUCACUCACUGUAAAGUUUACUCCUGUUUGUCUUCGCGCAUAUCUGAUGCCACCACGUCAUCCUUUAAAAGAAUUAUUUCUUUGCAUCAGGUCAUUUUUGAAGGAGUUGUUGGCCAAGGUUUCCAGGGCGACAUUGCCAUUGAUGACAUCCGUAUCGCCAAGGGAGCAUGCCCACACAUCGGAACCUGUGACUUUGAGUACGACCAGUGUGGUUAUUUCAAUCCCCGUCUUUCAAUAGACAAUUUUGAUUGGUUGAGAAAUUCUGGUAGCACACUGACGUCCCGCACCGGCCCCCCUGUGGAUCACACCUCCAACACUGGUACAGGCUACUACAUGUACAUCGAGUCCAGUUCCCAGAAUGCCGGUGAGAGGGCGUGGCUGUACUCUGACGACAUCCCCAGCACUCCGAACUCCUGCGUCUCGUUCUGGUACUUCAUGUAUGGAGCUGGUAAGUGUCUUUUUCCUCAUGGCGUUAUCCUCUGCGAUAGCUGCAUGUUUAAGAUCAGAUAUGUGGGUACCCUGAGGCUGUACUUUGUGAAAACGACCAACAGCACGUCCCUGUUGUGGCAACUGUCAGGUGACCAGGGAGACCAGUGGAGGCAGGUCCAGCUCAACGUUACCAGUGAUGUGCCUUAUCAGAUCGUGUUUGAUGGAGAAAUUGGCAAAGCUGGCGGGCAGGGCGACGUUGCUAUUGAUGAUGUCAUCAUCUACGAUGGAGACUGCAUGAACACCACGGCACCCCCACCCACUGACAUCACCGUCGCUACUAGGCCAACUUAUCCACCCUCCCAGUAUGACUGUAACUUUGACAGCAACACGCGGUGUUCCUGGAGUGAGGACACCUCUGACCAGUUCGACUGGACCAUCCACAAAGGAGCUACAGACUCAUCCUACACUGGACCCAGCUUUGACCACACCACUGGAAAAGUACUUGAGAUAACUGUACAUUGUCGUGACUUUCUUUCACUCUCUUGCUAUCCAGGCUACUACUUGUAUACGGAGAGCUCCCCCACAUCAGCCAACGACACAGCACGCCUGUUCAGUAAGGAUGUGCAGCUCAACAAAGAUGGCAUAUGUCUCAUAUUCUGGUACCUUAUGUACGGAAGCACCAUUGGCUCUCUGAAUGUCUAUGCGCAGCAGAAUGGUGAGUUUUCUAUGUGUCCAUCCCUGAAUAUCAGCCUUAUUAAUUCAUUUGUGUUGCUGACCUGUCUAUCCCACAUUGGCUUGUCAGUGAUGAGUUUUUGUGUGGUUUUCGUGGUUGUAUCUUCGUUUGUGAAGCAAGGCCUUUGUAUACCAGUUUGCUUUGUGUUUUGCCUUAAAAAACAUUUCAAAGAAACCAGAUACAUUGUUAGACCUGAAUACCAUAGAUAUGCUGAUGGUCACUGUCUCCUUUCUGUGUCUCCAGGCGCUCUUGGCCCUAUCCUGUGGCAGCGGUCAGGCGAUCAAGGUCGUUUCUGGAAGAUGGCCAGCGUCCACAUCACACCGAGUUCUCUGGUACAGCCAACCUCCACAAUGCAGGUAGGCGUACUGAUGACACCCAUCAUAAUGGUUUUUGAAGCUGUGAUGCUAAGAAGCUACCUGGGGGAUACAGCCAUUGAUGAUAUCUCCACACAUCCGGGAACUUGUUUGGAAUAUGGAGGUGUAUGUGACUUUGAAGACGUGAGCAUCUGUGGCUUUAGCCAGGACAAUCUGGCCACACUCAACUGGACACAAACCAGUGGACGCACACCAUCGGGGAGCACCGGACCAUCCAGUGACCACACCUACGGCACUUCCACAGGCUCCUACAUGUACACAGAGUCAUCUGCCCCUGCCAAAAGCGGUGACACUGCACGCCUGGUGGGCCCACCACAGAAAGCCACCACCGGGAAAUGUCUCAAGUUCUUCUACCACAUGUACGGCCUCAAUAUGGGCACACUGAAUGUCUAUCUGAAACGUCGCGGUCGCCUCUACUCUCCGAUCUGGUCGGCCAAGGGGAAUCAGGGUAACCAAUGGCAGCCGGCCGCUGUCACCAUCAAUAGUGCUGCUGAUUACCAGGUUGUGUUUGAAGGAGUGCUUGGUGGCUCAGUGACCAGCGACAUCGCCAUUGAUGAUGUAUCAGUUGUCCUCGGGGCCUGCCCCCCUCCUGCCACUUGCGACUUUGAGAACGGACCCUGUCUCUAUUACAACAGUGUACCGGGAGAUGACUUUGACUGGGAGAUCAGACAAGGCAGUUCUUAUGCACAGAGUGGACCUACAUCUGACCACACGCUGCGGACCAGCUUAGGCCACUACAUGCUCAUCGACACAAAGUACAGAAAGCGAGGGGAGAAAGCUCGUUUGUACUCGGAGGUACUGAAGGCCACCCGCGCCUCCUGUCUGAGCUUCUAUGUGAAGAUGUACCAAGGUAAUGACGCAGGAACAAUGUCUGUUUACUGGGACAACGACAUUGCAGGAAGUGGACAUUACUCCUCACUCUGGACAAUGACCGGACCCCAAGGCGUGAACUGGGUUCAUGAACAGGUUGAUAUUUCUUCCACAAGUCCGUACAGCCUGAUGUUUGAGGGAGUAGUUGGCGACCCGUCCGUCAGCGAUAUGGCUAUUGAUGACAUACAACUCACUUCUGGACGCUGCGUAAAGCCACCGGAUAGUUUCACUUGUGGAGAUGGAAGUACAAUAUCUCACAGCAAGGUGUGUGACUACCACCCAGACUGCGCCAACGCCACAGACGAGGCCCACUGUGGCACUUGCUCGUUCGAAACAGAUCUCUGCGGCUUCUCCGACGUGAGCAAAGGAGCCUUUAGGUGGAAGCAAGCUCGGGACUUGGACACAGACGACCUCAAGGAUCGAGUGGGAGCUGACCACACCCUGGACUCGACCUCUGGUCACUUCAUGUACGUGUCACGAAGUCAAGGCCCCUACGCCAGCAAGGCCACGCUGACCACCCCCUUGCUACAUGCCACAUACGAGACUUGCCAGUUCCAGUUUUACUACAAGAAACCGGCGGGCAGUCUGUCUGUCGACAUUCAGUCGGAAAGAUCCAUCAAAGAAACAGAGAAGAAGAUCAAAAACGUAACUACUGUAUGGUUGAUUGUUUCGGUACAGAUUGGCUCGAGAGAAAUGACCAUCUGGAAGGCGCCCCCUAUGCCCACCACCGGCUCCAAAUGGGCUCUGGCGCAAGUGUACGUUGGCCACUACACCAGUCAGAUUCGGGUUCUGCUGAAAGCCUCAAGGCUCUACUCCACCCCGGGGUCCAUCGCUAUAGAUGACACAAAGUUUGUGAACUGCGGGCCCCCUCAGCCUGCAGCGUCCUGCCCGUCCACAAAGUUCCGCUGUGGCAAUGGCGUGUGUGUGGACCGCGUGUACCUGUGUGAUCUGACGGACGACUGUGGAGACAACAGUGAUGAGACAGACCUCAGCUGCAAUCAAGCACACCGGUGUAACUUUGAGACGGACCUGUGCAGCUGGCAGCAAGACACCCAUGACGAUAUGGACUGGAGAAUACACCAGGGGCCAACCCCCACGGACAAUACCGGGCCUUCAGUUGACCACAGUACGGGGCUGGACACCGGUCAUUUUGUGUAUCUAGAGACCUCGAGCCCAGCGAAGACGGGCCAGAAGGCGAAGCUAAUGAGCCCACCCAUCCCGGCCACUACGGGCAGCUGUUUGGAGUUCUGGUACCACAUGUACGGGGCCGGUAUCGGCACGCUCAACAUCUACACAAAACUGCUUGGCAGCAGCCUGAAGACGUUGGUGUGGGCUCUGAGCAACAAUCAAGGGAACUCAUGGCAGAAAGGGCAGGUCACAGUCCACUCUUCUCAGAUGUUUGAGUACAUCUUCGAGGGCGUGUAUGGUGGCAACUAUUCGGGAGAUAUUGCCAUAGAUGACGUGUCUCUCAUUAGCGGUCAGUGUCCAGGCUUGGGUAGUUGUGACUUUGAGGGGGAGAUCUGUGCUUGGAGCAACACCCGGACAGGGGACACGUUUGACUGGCUCCGGGGUCGAGGCUACAGAACAUACACAGGGCCUAGCGUUGACCACACUCUAAAUACAAAGUACGGAGGCUACCUGGUCUUAGAUAGUCUGCUCCCAAGGAAACCUGGAGAUGUAGCUCAGUUAGUUUCCCCUCGCCUGAAAGUCUCAACAACGUACUGCCUCAACCUUUGGUAUUACAUGAAAGGUUCGUCUGUAGGUAAAUUCACUGUAAAGAUUCAAACUUUGCCUUCGUCGGCAACGGCUCCCUUAACACUGUUUACCAUGUCAGGAGACCAGGGGGCCGUCUGGAAUGCUAAGCGUGUCACAUUGGGACCCUUCAGCUCUGAAUUCUUUGUCAUUCUAGAGGGCACCAUUGGCACCCAGAUGAGGAGUGAUAUUGCCUUGGAUGACCUGGCCAUACAAAUGGGCAGUUGCUCCUCAUCCACCCCAGCUCCAACCUUCAACGCCUUCCACUGCUCGGCUAACGGCCAGUACCUAUCCCGCAGAAUGGUCUGUGACUUCCACAAAGACUGUCCUGAUGGAGAGGAGGAAACGGCGUGUGAGUAUGACUGCACGUUUGAGAAGGACUGUAAGUGGAAAAACACUCAACAGGGCUCGUAUCAGUGGAGAAAGUUACGGGGAGCUACCCCCAACGCUAACACGGGCCCUACAGUGGACCACACCCUGGGAGCACCUGCGGGCUAUUACAUGUACGUGGACGCUAAGAGUGGCAGGUACGGCACGGCGCGCUUUGAGAGUCCGCUACUGCAGCGCUCGGCCCCCAACUGCGAGCUCGUCUUCUUUUUCCACAUGACGGGCACAAACAUCGGCACACUGAUGGUCUCCAGGAAAGAGGGUGUUCAGGAGUUUACCCUCUUCAGCACCAAUAUGGAUUACGGCGACAGCUGGCAGCAAAAGGUCGUUCCUAUAGGAGCAUCCAACGCUCCCUUUACCGUGGCUAUCCUUGCCAAGCGAUCGUACACCACUCUUGGUGAUAUCGCUAUUGACGACAUCAGUUUCCGAAACUGUGACUACCCAGACCCUAACACGAGUUGUCAAUCGGCUGCUAACAGCUUCAAAUGUGCCAACGGAGGCUGUAUCUCCCCCAAGUUGGCGUGCAACUUUGUUGACGACUGCGGUGACGGCACGGAUGAGUUGGACACCACGUGCUCCGCCUACCACCGUUGCAGUUUUGAGUCGGACCUGUGUGACUGGACCCAAGAGCACGUCCUGGAUGAGUUUGACUGGACGCGCAACACCAAAAGUACGCCUCUGCACUCCACGGGUCCCUCAGUGGACCACACCACAUCACUAGCCACCGGACACUACCUGUACAUCAAGGCCUUAGGUCGCUUGCCUGGGGAUAGAGCCUGGUUGGUGAGUCCUGCCCUAGCCCCGACCAACCUGUGUCUGAUGACCUUUUUCGCUCACAUGUACGGCAGAGACAUCGACAAGCUGAACGUCUACACCCGGACAGCCAUCAACGGCCCUCUCACGCUGAGGUUUUCAGACAACUCGGACAAUGGCAACUACUGGUUCCCUCAAACUGUCCCUAUCUUCAGCUCACAACCGUUCCAGGUGGUCAUCGAAGGUGUCCGCGGCUACGGUUCUUUUGGAGACAUCGGUAUUGAUGACAUCAUCUUUGCCCCGGGAUGCGCUGUCAGCCCUGACAGUUUCCCCACUGCCACGCCCAGCCCUGCGACAACCACGCCCAACCCGUGUGGAGACCCCAACCUGUGGCAAUGCGCUGACCACCAGAACUGUAUCCCCAAGUCCCAGGUCUGCGAUUUCCUCACCCAGUGCUUCGACGGUUCCGAUGAGCAGAAUUGUGGAGUUUGUGACUUUGAGUCCUCAACGUGUGGCUGGACAGACCACAGUGUCAACAGGUAUUCCUGGACCCGAGUAAACACUACACAGGACGAGCUGGUCCACAGACCUACCCUCGACCACACUCUGGGCAUCAAAGGCGUGGGUCACUUCAUGCUGCCUGUGUCCAGCGGGGAGGGCUACACCAGUAUCUCUAUCUUCGAGUCUCCGGUGUACGGGGCCACAGAGGCCACCUGUGAGAUCCGCUUCUAUUACGUCAGCGACCGCCCAGAUGUACUCUCGAUGUACCUGUACCCGGACGGUGUGCUCAACUACAAGUCAACGGCUUCGGGCGUGCGCCUGUGGAGGGCUCGAACCUCCUCCCAGUGGCGCCAGGCAAGAGUUGGCAUCGGCUCUCGUGCUGCAGGUUUCCGGGUGGUGUUCCGAUUUGACUACAAGAGACCGCCCAGUGGUACGUUUGUGGCUAUUGACGACGUGUCCUUCAGCGAAUCGUGUUCUCGUGGGCUCGCUCACAACACGUGCUCAGAUCAGGAGUUCACGUGCACCACGUCACGUGAAUGUAAACAUCUCGACGUGGUGUGCGAUUAUGCUCAAGACUGUGCUCACGGGGAGGACGAGAUGAACUGUGGCAACUAUGUCGGCUGCUCCUUUGAGCAAGGGACUUGCGGCUUCAGGCAAGACGGCACAGAUCAGUUUGACUGGCAGAUCAAAAGCGCUGGCUCCACAAGACCGGGCAGAGACCAUACUUACGGGAACAGAACAGGUCACUUCUUGUACAUGCCUCUCAGCACUGUCCACAAGAUCAAUGAGACUGCCAGGAUCAAAGGUCCCGUGUUCUACCCCAACGGGCCAGCUUCCUGCUACAUGCGAUUCUUCUAUCACGUAGCCCAGGAUGCUGUGAGCGAACUGGCAGUUUACACCGAAAUGAAGGAAGGGGGGCCUAGGACUUUGAAGUGGAGUAUGCCGCAAGCGUCCGCUGGAGGAGACGAGUGGCAGAAAGCAGUGGUGGAGUUGAGCGACCCAUCCACAUAUCGCGUGGUGUUUGAGGGGGUGCGUGGCGUAAAGUACACGGGAGACAUAGCCAUUGACGACAUCACCUGGACGCCCGGCUGUAUCCCAGACGUGCGCCGCACGCUGCCACCUCUGAGACCUACGCUAGCGCCAGGCCAGUGCCAGGCGGGCAAGGAAUUCCAGUGUGAUGGUCAGUGUAAGCCGGUCUCUGCCUGGUGUGACUUCUAUGCAGACUGCACCGACGGCACAGAUGAAGCCAGCUGUCCACCGACCUGCAACUUUGAGAACGGUGCUUGUGGGUGGAAGAUCCAAGGCUCGAAUUCUUCUUCCUCCGCGUCUUCUAUCGUAUCUUUAGUCUCCAAGACAAUGAUCAACGCUGACCACAACCCGGGCUCUCCUCAGGGUCACGUAAUCUCCCCCGACCCUGGGACAAGUUAUAGCUCCUACACUCUGAUCCUGUUAUCCUCAUUCUACCGCAAAGCCAGCACGCACUGCACGUUCUCCCUGUGGUAUCAAGCGGUUCGACAGCCCUCGCUCUUCACCAUCAGCGUGCGGGCAGGAGGCUACGAUAACAUCAUAUGGCCUGAGAGAAGAACGAACCUGCCCCUCAACCAGUGGACCAAACUGUCGGUGGCGCUUCCUCCUUGCUCCUCAGAGUUCCAGAUUGUGGUCACCUAUCGGUCUAUAUACUCCUCCGUGUCUCAACUCUUCCUGGACGACUUUGCCUUCGAGAACUGCCAGAGUCCGCCCCCAGCCGACUGCGGCGCGGGAGAGUUCAGCUGCGGCGACGGUCGUUGUAUCCUGGAGGACCACAAGUGUGACCUCAGCACCGACUGUUGUGACGGCUCCGAUGAGGACAACCAGCUGUGCUACCUCUACGCCAAGUCCACGUUCGAGCAAGGCAUUGGAGACUGGAAGAACAUGGUGGGCGGACGGAACACUUGGUCACUCGUCCAGGGAAUGAACACCGGGGUAGGAAGUGCGUACAGAAGACCACCGGAUGACCACACCACACACUCAAGCUACGGACACUACUUGACCUCAUACUCCUCAGCGGCUCUGACAGCCAACACAACAGCCACCAUCCUCUACUCAAUGCCAGCCGCAAACCAGCAGUGUGUGGUUCGAUUUUGGUACAGGAUGGUAGGACGCGACCCGGGCACUCUAAACGUCUACACCAGCACCAGCAGUAUGGGUAGAAUCUCGAGGAACACAUGGACCAGCAACCAGACGUCAGUGUGGCAAAGAGCCAGUGUCACUCUCAUGUCAGCGGAACCGUACCAGCUGCUAUUUGAGGCUGUGAAAGGUAUUGGCGCCUACUCGGACGUGAACCUUGACGAUAUCAGCUUCUCCCCGUUCUGCAAUGUACCCGUUCCCCCGACACCGGCCCCCGCCGUCACGACACCUCCCACAACCGCAGCGCCCACGGGCACCAUGGCGACGUGUCCUGGAGGUCAGGUCGCGUGUCGUACACUGGGUGGGUGUGUCCUCCAGAGCCAGUUGUGUGACUUCCACCUAGACUGCAUGGACGGCAGUGAUGAGUCAAAGUGCCACACGCAAAAGGUUUGCACCUUCGACACUGACCUUUGCACGUGGAGUGAGACGAAACCAGAUCUCCUGGACUGGAAGGCUGGCAGCCCGACAUCUGUUGACCCCUCGAAAGGCCCCACUCAGGACGCAGAUGGCAGUCGGACGGGUGGCUACGCCUACAUCAAUGACGCCAACAACGGGAACACAGCCGGCCAGGUGGCUAAGUUGUCCAGCCAGACGUUCUCUUCCUCCGCCACUGGCUGUCUUCUCUCCUUCAGCUACUACAUGGCUCCCCCCGUCGCCGGCACCAUCAAGCUAGAGAUCAACAAAUUUGACAUGACGGCGGCCACGCUCUGGCAGGUCUCUGACGCUACCGGACUCUGGACCAAAGCCAACGUGGGCAUUGGCCGGAGAUCUUCACCCUUCUCCUUGACCUUCACGCGCUUGCCAGCCUCAUCUUUCUCCGGCCAGAUCGCCAUUGACAACCUAGAACUGAAGCACUGCGCUGUACCGCAGAGCGUUUUUGCGUGUGCCGACAAUCAGUUCCGCUGCAAGUCGGGGGCGUGCGUGGACUUCCAGGCGCUGUGCAACGGCCAGGACGACUGUGGGGAUAACUCGGACGAGGCUCCCGCCAACUGCACGGGUUACCUCCACUUCAACUUUGAGCGCGUUCCCUUCGGCGAUUUCUCUGAGAGCCAAGAGGAUCAGCUAGACUGGAAGUUGUGGGACAGCUCCCAGGGUCUGGCGCGUGGCCUGCCCGGUGUGGACCACAGUACCGGCCUCAGCUCUGGUCAUUAUCUCUACGUGCAGGCCGGACCUUCAGCGAAGUCCACGGACACAGCCUGGCUACUGUCCAAGCCGCUGGCACCCACCAACAACAGCGUGUGUCAGAUUCGCUUCUUCGCCUUGAUUCCGAGCUCAAGCCAACGUCUGAAAGUGAGCUACCGCACACACAGCAACCUGGGGCCGGACAAAGAUCUGCCCCUACCUGACGCCAGACCGGGCACGUACUGGCAACAGAUGUCUGUGGCUGCCAGUGUUGACCAACCCUUCCAGCUGAUGAUCCAAGCCACCCCGGGUGGGCCGGGCAACGCUCUGGCCAUCGACGACGUCACAUUUGGGCCUAACUGCAGAUAUUGGAGCAAGCCACUUCCCACAGCUGUGGUCACGUGCAGCCCCACCCAGUUCACGUGUGUCCAAGACGGCUCCUGUGUGCCGGCCUCCAGCCGAUGUGACUCCAAAUUCGACUGCUCGGACAAAUCAGAUGAAAAGCAGUGCAGUUGUGCUGGUUAUUGUCAACACAGUGGAACGUGUUACACAGAUGCUACGGGUCUGCGCGGCUGCCAGUGUGUGAAUUUCUACCACGGCCCGAGGUGCCAGUAUUCUCCAACAGAGACCGAGCCACCAACCACCAGCACCACAAGACCGACUCCAGCCCCUGCAAAUCCCUCCCACACGACUGUUGUCAAUGCCAAACCAACACAGAAAGUCACCAGCGCUGCCAAUGAUUCCUGGAAGACACCAGUUGCUGUAGUGGUGAGCCUUGUGGCUGUUGCUGGCAUAUGCGUGGCUGUCUUCAUCUACCUGCGAAAGACCAACCGAUUCUCUCUGUUCAGGUUCCGAAGAUUUGGUCAGGAUGACACUGAAGAGGGAGGCGGACUGACCAAUCCUGUCUACGACUACGGCAGUGGGACUGGGAACCUGAAGAUGACAGGAGCAACCAUGUCCUUGGAUAACCCUCUCUAUAGUGAGGGCAACUCCGAAGCUUAA